AUGGGUAUUCUGUGGAUGUUUGGCUCCACGUUGCAGCUCCAACUGGACAGAAACAGGUUUACUGUAGUUGGCGAGAGGCCGCUCAGGCUGAAAGGCCAAGAAGGACUGAGUGAGAAAAACACCGGGCUUCCCCUGAAUCUUCUUGAAAACCAUAGUCCUUGGUCAGCUUAUGUCACAUAUGUCUCCCCCAUGGUGAAAAGGCUCAUUGAGAACAGCAAAGCUAGAGAACUUGAAUAUAUAUAUGCUUUGGAGAAAAAUCGAUUGCGAUCAAGGAAAAUCAAGCCUUCCAACAAACUCCAGGUAAAAAAGAAAAAGUCAACCAAGACCUCUGUCAACAUACUCAAGGACUUCAAAUCAAAAACUACAUCAUCAUUGUGGAACACACCCCAUGUGUCAGCCAGGAGUCCACCAGUUAUUCCAGAAUCCAGUACAUUUCCUAUGGAUUCCAGAGAUGGUCCGACUGCAAACUAUAACAAAAUAAUCUUCUGCCAAAAACCUAUGAUGAGAAUGCUUCCUUACAGCUCACUUUAG